AUAUCAACGCAGUGUCAGCAUUGUCCGUGUCUGAGCUCGAUGUCAGACGCUCCGUCGUGUCUGUUGGCCACGUCGGUCAAGGUUCCAUCAUCUCAUGGAAGGUACGUGCGCCUGAAUGUCGGCGGCCAUCUCUUCUACACAACACUGGACACACUGACUAAACACGAGGGUAGCAUGCUGAAAGCUAUGUUUAGUGGCAGAAUGGAAGUGCUAAUGGACUCUGAAGGAUGGGUUUUGAUCGACCGCUGUGGUAAACAUUUCGCUACAGUUUUGAAUUAUUUGAGAGAUAAUACGACGCCACUGCCCUCGUCGGAACGAGAUCUCGAGGAGGUGCUCGCGGAGGCGAAGUUCUAUUUGCUGGACGACUUCGCAAAGGUCAUCCAGAGAAAGUUGCUCGUUCUGCGCGAUCCGUAUCCUCCGCUCACGUACGUUCCGGUCCUUACUGCUCCAGGACAGUUGCAGAAGAUAUUAGAUCUUACAAGAAAGCCUCUGAUUCGUCUAAUGUACAACAGAGGAAACAACAAAUACUCGUAUACAAGUAACUCAGACGAAAACCUUCUUCGAAAUAUGGAGUUAUUUGACAGAUUGUCGGUGAAAUUUGCCACUCGCAUCACGUUUGUCAAGGACAUUGCUGGAACUGAGAUCUGUUGCUGGUCGUUCUAUGGCCUUUGUAAGAAAGUAGCCGAAAUUUGCUGUGAGUCUAUAGUCUACGCGACAGAGAAGAAGCAAACAAAGAUAGAAUAUCCCGAAGCAAAGAUAUUUGAAGAGGCACUUAACGUGUUGUUGUAUGAGGAUCGAAGCCCUGAUGGUGACAGAGCAGCCGCUUUAUAUGCUGCAAAUGCACAAAGUCUGGCUACUAUUGCCACAGUACCGCCGACUGUGAAGACAACGGCAAGGCGGUUUCCUGAUGACGACGACAACAUGCUUUAUUAGCAGUUGCCGGAUGUAAUGUUGAUAUGAAUGAGUUAGUGUAUUUAUGAAAAUUCGUCGCGCGCAAUACAUCUAGUCUAUUUUGUGUAGUAACAAUUGUCACGUGGUUGAUAUUGGCUGCAUGUCAUUGCAUGAAAAAUUACGGCGGCGGUCGACUCAUGUACAGUUGUUGCAAUAUAAUAUAUGUUGCAUACUGCA